AGACCAGCCUGGGCAAAAUGGUGGAACCCCGUCUCUGCUAAAAAUGAAAAAAAAAAAAAAAAGCCAGGCGUGGUGGCGGGUGCCUAUAGUCCCAGCUACUCGGGAGGCUGAGACAGGAGAAUCGCUUGAACCCGGGAGGCGGAGGCUGCAGAGAGCCAAGAUAGCGCCACUGUACUCCUAGCCUGGGCGACAGAGCGAGACUCCGUUUAAAAAAAAAAAAUUAAUAAGAAAAAAGUUAAGUAGUGGGAAAGUUCUAGGCAAGAAUUUCUUCCCUCCCUCCUCCCUGGCUGGCUUGUGUGCCGGGAGCUGCGCAGACGCGGGGUUACCGUUCGUGAAAGGAUUCCUCACGACGAAAGUAAGAUGAUGACCUAGCAGACAACCACGAUGAGGGCUUGGAAGGAAGUACAUGCCGCUGUGAUGGAGUUAAAGAAGUGAUUAAGAAACUGAGCAGUCCGAAGAAUCAGUGUUAAUGGCGAGGGGUGGGGUGGGGAGAGAAAAGGUCGGCACGCUGAAGUAGCUGGCUAAAGAGAAAGGGCAUGGACAAUGGUCCUGUAGCUGGAGAGAGCCCAGCCUGAGGACGGAAAGAGAACAAUUACAGCCAAGGGGCCACAGCAGCGGUUUCCAUGGUGACAGAUGAGGCUGGCUGAUAUAGGGCCUGAGACAUUUAGGCCCCAGUAGCAGCACAGGAAUCCUUUGUGGUUGGGCAGAGGGGUGGAGCUUUGAAAUAUAAGUAGGACUUUGCUAUAAAAGAAGUGACCCUAGGGAAACUUAUGAAGUUAGCGGUAUAGAGAGCACCACCACCAGACGCCACCAUGCCUGCCGAAGGAGGGAAAACGGACAUGGAAAGGAUUGGCCUCUUUAGUGAGAUGGAAUAUAUUACUGUGGGUGAUAAAUAUGUGUCACAAUUUAAUCGACCCUUUAAUGAGGCUGCAAGCAAAAAUAAACAGAUGCUACCUGGAGGAUCCAAAGAAAUGUCAGAUCUUCAGGCAGGUUAUUUUGACCCCCAUUUUGUAAGGAUUUUUGAAGGUGAAGGCUACAUAAAUCUGAAUCAAGUGAGGAGACGGGAUAUGAUGGAAGCAGCCAAAAAAAAUCUAGGCAAAGCCUUCCUCCCUAGUAGUGGAGAGAAAAAGCUAUGUGGCUUAGGAAGCUACUAUGGAACAAUAGGUGGUCCAGUCCCAUUUUUCAGCACACAGUCAAAACCUCGAGAAAAAUAUAAGGCACCUGGAAAGAAUUUAUACACAAACCCGGGAAAGAAAGGAACUGGAUAUGGCUAUGCAAAUAUUACCAUAGGUAAACAGUUUUCACACUCUGCCGACUUCUAUGAUGCAGCAAAACUAAAUUAUAAGAAAGCAAAUGAAGAACACCAUCGUUUACUUAAAGGAGCACCGUUUAAGUUAAAUCUUCACCCAAGGGACUAUUUUGACGCUAAUCCUUAUUUUUCUGAGGAAACUUUACCACCAAUUAAAAAAGAAGAGAAGAAAGAAUCAAUUUCAAACGCUUUUAAACCUUCUUCUCCUGGUAAAAAGCCUGGUGGAAUGAAGGCAGGAACAUUUGAUCCUUACCCAUCACAUUCUGCUGACCCUUAUGUGGCUAAAUUGGCAAAUAUUUCUGGCAAAGACGAUAAGAUUUUCCACCCACCAAGUGGACCAAAAAGCAGACCAGUUGAAAGUAUAAUGACUUUGAAUGUCAGAAGGGCACUAAAUUCAAAGAACUACAAGACUGCUUCAGUACCAUCCUAUUAGCAACCGGAAGACAAGUAGCUUUCUAGAUCUUAACUAUGAGUAAUUCAUUAUCAAGAGCUAAUUAUUUGAAAAAAUAUAAGCUGUUAUAGAGCAGAUAGCUCAAGAAGUUAAAAGAAAUUUAAGCCUGCAACUCUAAUUCUCUUCCUUAUUUUAAUACUACUACUUAUAAUUAAUAAAUAGUAUUUGCUAAUAACA